CCAGUAACCAAUCCCAACAAGCGCAAGUUUUCACCAACUAGACAUAUCACAGCCAACACAGCAGUCAUCACCAUGCAGCGCACCUUCUUCGCCUCGCUCGCGCUCGCGGCCUUUGCCAACGCGGCCUGCGACAUUCCUGAGGUCAACUCGGCCACAGUGAAUCUCAUCUCUGAAUUUGAAGGCUUCCGGGCCGACAUCUACACCGACCCAACGGGAAACCCCACCGUCGGCUACGGCCACCUCUGCGCCGACUCGUCGUGCAGCGACGUGUCGUACCCGAUCCCGCUCUCCCAGGCCAACGGCAAGGCCUUGCUGGCAGACGACCUGUACACGCCCGAGGAGUGCAUCACCAUGAUGACCAACUCGGGCGUGACGCUCAACCUCAACGAGUUUGGCGCCCUCGUGUCCUGGGCGUUCAACAUGGGCUGCGGCGCCGCCCGCGGGUCCACCCUCGUCAAGCGCCUCAACGCGGGCGAGGAGCCCCAGACCGUCAUCGCCCAGGAGCUGCCAAAGUGGGUGUACGGCAACGGCGAGGUGCUGCCGGGCUUGGUCAGGAGGAGGGAUGCCGAGGUGGACCUGGCGCAGACGGCGACUUCGGCGCCCGCGCUGCCGGCUUGUUCUUGAAGGUAGAGUGCGGCGUGGAGGAGGAGGAGCCGGUGGAGGUCAUAAAUGGGGGACCAGAGGAGAGAAAGAGCGCAAUUUGGAGCUCAUUUCUCAUGUACUCUCGUGCGAGAUAUAUGUAUUUAGUAGGCUGGUUAGCAGUGGUUAAUCUGCCCCAAAUGUACACUCGUUAAUGAAACCAGUUCCCCGUAGCCCCGGGUUGCUAUCUUCUUGUUGCAAAUCCACGGGGUUAAUGCUUCAAUAUAAGGCAUGAGGCGCCCUGUUGAGAUUGAAAUCCAUAUCCACAGCGCCAGUCCUGACACUGCCUCGUCUGCAAUUGAAGGUCUCGGCCUGUUCUUUCAGUGCUUAACCCUGCCGCCCGGUCGUUAAUCUCUGGCCUUGAGGGCCACAGG